AUGCUAUCCACAUUCUGGCCACACCCAGAAUACGCCGAAGACCAACCCUUCCCCAAACUCAUCCUCACCGGCCACGUCCUCGACCGCAGCUUCCAAGCCGGCGCAUUGCUAGGAAGCACCACCGGGCUCGCCCGAGUAUGGCUGCUAGCCUACCAACCAACCUUAAAUAGCAAGUUCUACACCAGAUUCAUUGUGCCUCCAGGAUCCACCCCGGCUACUCUUCUAAUGCGGUCAACCGGUACCGGCGCCGUCAUAGGUCUGGGAGCCAUGGCCGUUAUGCUACCGUACUACCUGGCCAAAUGGGAGCCGAUCGAAUGGCAGGAUCGCAGUUGGCGACUGCUUGAGAACCGGGGGCAGGUGGAAGUGGAUACCUGGGGGUUUGCGGGGGCGGUGCUGGGGUUGACGGGGUUGGUGGUUAUGGCGCGGCGGAACGGGAGGAUGUUUCAAUUGACGGGCCAUGAGGAGGUUUCUUCUCUGGUUCUGCUUCGGGCUCUGGGGUGGAGGAAUGCGUUUGCUAGUGCUGGCAUGGGGAGUUUGUCGGGGGUGUUGGGGUAUUUGGGCUGGAGGUAUGGGAUUAUGGGUGGGAAGCGAUGA